AUGGAGAACACUCGCGACGAAACAACACACAGUUACGCGGGUUCAGAAGGAAGCGCGAGCGCAGCGUCGUCAUUGCGCGCAAAACAAACCAUCAUCGAUCGCGAACUAGAGCUGGCGCGGAAACGUCUUGCGCUGGAACGAGAAGCGUUCGAGAUCGAAAUCUCGCAAAGGGAGUUGGAGUUCGAGGAGCACGUCCUCGCGCUCGAGAAAAGGAUGGCCCAACAGGGGCCGUCCAAACUCCAAACUGCCCUGGGUGUGCAACACCCACUACACUACAUUGCUCCGGGUGCGCGGCCAGCCGAUUUCGCGAUGGCGCCGAGCGACCCGUUGAGCCACUACAUUGCUCCGGGAACGCGGCCAUCCGAUUUCGCGAUGGCGCCGAGCGACCCGUCGAGCCACCACACUGCUCCGGGAACGCGGCCAUCCGAGAUCGCGAUGACGCCGAACGACCCGUCGAGCCACUACAUUACUCCGGGAACGCGGCCUGCCGAUUUCGCGAUGCCGCCGAGCGACCCGUUGAGCCACUUUACUGUCACAGGUGCGCGACCAGCCGAAGCCGCGAUGGCGCCGAGCCGCCCGUCGAGCAUUCACCCCGCUCCGGGUGAACGACUUGCCGUAGGUCAGGGUACGGCGGGUGUCAUGGCUGCGAGUGCAAAUUGGCGUCAUUCGGUGGCACCAAUACCAACUCGGCACGACACGAUGGCGGCUCCGGCAGCGGAAAAUGGUGGGCCGUCGAGCACCCUGAGAGAAUCGCCACACUUCACACACGAAUUGAACACUACACAAAAGAUCCCGGACGAUUCUCCGUCGUUUUCGGGCGACACCACACAAGGACCGAUGCUUCAACCGAAUUUCGAGACGUCCACCGAAGUUUGCGGGUUUUCGGGCGUUGAAAACACUUUCCGCCUUCAAAAGGCUCGCAACGGACCGGCGUACGAGGCGGUGGAGCAGUUUCUCUUUCACCCGGAAGGAUUGAGCGAGGCGAUGAACGCGUUGCGCGAGGAGUUUCAGCAUCUGGAGACGGUUACGAUACUGUCCGUGAACUAUUAUCCGCGGGUCGGAAUUGGGCCGGAGAACCCGCUGAGCGUGGAGCGAGACCAGACGGCAAAGCUGGAGUGCAACAUUGACGCGAAGCCGAAGCCGGAGCAGGUGGAGUGUACGCGCAACGGGCGCUUUAUUUCGUCGCACCCGACGCACACGAUCCACCAGGUGUCGCUGCUGGACGCCGGCCGCUACACUUGCUCCGCCGACAACGGGCUGGGCAAGGAGGAGAUCCCGGUGAACGUGUUCUACCAGUCGAUCGUGCAGAUCGAGGCGAAGGUGAAGUCGGCCGAGAAGGAAACGGUGCAGAUCAAGUGCAACGUGGCGGCCAACUCGCCGCUCGUGACGAUCGAGUGGCUGAAGGAGGAUGACACGCUGGUGCUGCGCGACGUCCGUGCGGAGGUUACGGGCAUGUACGUGUGCCGGGGCAUCAACAUGAUGAAGCCGUAUGAGGGCAAGUACUUCUGUUACGCGAGCAACGAGCUGGGCAACGGUGGGAUGGCGAGCGCGACGCUGGAGAUCCACCAGCCGCCCCAGUUUCUGGUUGAGCUGUCGUACAUGAUCAAGAAGGCGGGCGAGGUGGAUUUCUUCGUGACGUGCGGUGCGAAGGGCAAGCCGGAGCCAUUGAUCGCUUGGUUGAAUGAUGACGUGGAGAUUACGCCGGAGCUGCGCCGGUACGAGGUGAAGACGAACCGGGAGAGGGGAGCCAACGGUAUGGUGACGGUUCACGGCACGCUCAUGUUCACCGGCAAGGCGCGCCCGAAGGAGAACGGGCUCAUUUCAACUGAUCGCGGCCAGUACACGUGCCUGUACGAGAACGCGGUCAACAAGGCGAAUUCGAUGAUGCACCUGAAGAUCGAGCACGCACGAAUUGUCCUGCACCAUAUCAAGGAGACGGCGGAGAUACCGUGUAAGGUGCAGUCCUACCCGAAGCCGGAGUUUAUGUGGCAGUUCGGCACGAGCCUGCUGAACAACGGUGGCCACUACAAGAUCGUCACCAACUCGGACGGCAACGAUGUGUACACGAGCAUCCUGAAGAUCAGCAACGUGCGCCACCAGGACUACGGCGAGUACCACUGCCGGGUGGCGAACACACUCAACAACAUCCAGGUGCCGAUCCGGCUGCAACCGAGGGUACCACCGGAGAAGCGGACGAAGCUGAGGCCGGUGGAGUUGGGUUCGAACUUCGUGACGCUUGCGUGGAACCCGGGCUUCGAUGGUGGGCUGGCAAACACCAAGUACUUGUGUCGUAUCGCAAGAUAGUGACCUCUAGUGGGCCACACUUUGGAGGGUGCUGGGAGCGGUUAGUACAUUCCGUGAAGAACAAGCUUCAACGGAUGAAUCUCCCACGCACGCCGAUGGACGAAGUUUACUAACCACACUAAAAGAAAAGAAAAUGUUAUUAAUUCUAGGCCGCUCAC